CCAAACCAAACCCAAAGAAAAACAAAAACAUGGAGCAAGAACCUACAUCAACAACUUCAAUUACACCUCACACUUCAACUCCCACCAUGCAAAACACCAAACCCUAGCAAUUUAUUUUUUCCUUGAAAUCAUUUUCCUACAUUUUCUCACUCGAUUCUUUCUAUUUUAUUAUCUCCUUCUAUUCGCUUCCUUUUAUCUCUUCCGGUGCGAUUGGAUCUGAGUGACUUCUUUUACAAUUCCCACUCUGUUCAUUCAAUCCGGAAGAGAAAUCCCAAUUUCUACUCUUGUAGGCUUUUUGGAUUCAUACAAGAUUACCAAUUACUGCUUUCCCUUUUUUCUUUUUCGUUUUCCUGGUGAUUAUAGGACUAGUUGGGGUUCGUAACCUGAAUUUGGAGGACUUUUUUUUUUUAAUCAAUUUGGGUUUUUGGAGAUUGGACCAGUUAGGGUUUGUGGUUUGACUUUCGGUGUAAUUGUGAGAUUGGGGUUUUCUCUCUUUUGGGUUGAUUACUGGUCUUUAAUGUGGAGUUUUUAGAUUGAAGUGGUAGUGUAGUGAAGUGGAUAAAAGGAGGAAUUGCAAGCAGCCAAUGCCAUUUCAUUGGAUUGGUUUUCGACGAAUUUUCGGUGAUUUUUGCAGUGCCGAAUAAGAUAGAGCUUGAGCCUAUCCAUGUCUUGGGCGGGACCUGAAGAUAUUUACCUUUCUACUUCUCUUGCUAGCUAUCUCGAUAAGAAGCUACUUGUGCUUCUGCGAGAUGGCCGAAAGCUACUGGGAAUACUGCGUUCUUUUGAUCAAUUUGCCAAUGCUGUUCUUGAGGGUGCAUGCGAAAGAGUUAUUGUUGGUGAUCUCUAUUGUGAUAUCCCUUUAGGUCUAUAUGUUAUCCGAGGCGAGAAUGUUGUUUUAAUUGGAGAGCUGGAUUUGGAGAGGGAAGAACUUCCUCCACAUAUGACCCGGGUUUCAGCAGCAGAAAUUAAAAGGGCACAAAAAGCUGAAAGGGAAGCUACGGAUCUGAAAGGUACAAUGAGGAAGAGAAUGGAGUUCCUCGAUUUGGACUAGUGCAUACCUCGCAACCAAGGCACAUGGGUCCGCACAUAUUUUAGCGGUCAAUUGUAGGGAGAUGAUAAGGUUAAAUGCUUCUCCUUUUUCUCUAAAAUUUCUGUAACAUUUUUCAAAGAAACGUAUUUGACAAAUUUAUCUGUGAAAUUGAUGCUUUUUAAGUUUGGGGUGUAGUAAUUCACUCAUUCCAUUUCUGCUUUCGUAUUGUAUUGGAUAUUUUUCGGAUGUAAUGUUUCUGUACAAUCAAGAAAAUUAGAAUCCCACCUUGCUGGCAUUAUUAA